AUGGGUCCUAAUAAGAGAUUCCAAUGUAAUCAAGGUUUCCGAUGCAGUGGAAACAAAAAUUGGCAAACCUAUCCAAAGUGCCCGAGGUGCAAGAGACGCCAUCAGAGAGAAUGUCAAGCUAGAGCCUACUUCCAGUGUGGAGUGGUGGGCCAUCUGAGAAGAAAUUCCCAACAGUUACAACAACCAAAACAGAAGAAAGAUGAUACUCCAGUUCUUGCUCGGGUGUUUACUUUAACUCAGCCAGAGGCCAAUGUUGGUCCUUCUACCGUGACAGGUCAACUUUCUAUUGAUAGUACCUUGUUGACUAUUUUAAUUGAUUCUGGGGCAACGCAUUCUUAUUUGUCGAGUAAAGUGAUUGGAAAUCUACACAAACCUAGUGAUGUUUUACUAAGUGGUUUUGGUACUUUACUGCCUACUAGAGAAUCGACUAUUUCUAGUAGGUGGGUUAGGUCCCUUCUAGUGUAUGUGGAGGGAAGAGAAUUUUUGGUUGAUCUGAUUAAAUUGAACAUAGAGGACUUUGAUGUUAUAUUGGGGAUGGACUAG